CAAUAUUCCUCCACAUUUGGUGGAAGAGAAACUUCCUCCUUCACCAACAAAACAAAGCCUCAUUUCAAGUCCAAUUUGAAUAUAAAACCGACCUUUUUUAUUCCCAUUCUUGAGGCACCCAAUUCUCAUAUUGUUCCCAUUCUUGAGUACCCAAUUCUCAUAAUUGGGAUCAACAUGAAAUCCUUUAACUCCCUUUUGGUUUCUUUCUUUCUCCUCUUCUACACCACCAAUGCCUUCAACAUAACCCAUAUCCUUGACAAAUACCCAGAUUUCAGCACCUUCAACAACUACCUAACCCAGACCCAACUCGCCGCCGCCAUCAACAGCCGCCAGACCAUCACCGUUUUGGCGGUCGACAACGCGGGAAUCUCCCCUCUCUCCGGGAAACCAGCCGACGAGCUCAAAAAGAUCAUGAGCGUCCACGUGGUGCUCGACUACUUCGACGAAGAAAAGCUCAAAAAAAUCUCAAAGAAGACCUCAUUGCUAACCACAUUGUUCCAGUCCAGUGGCCAAGCCACUGGCCAACAGGGGUUCGUCAACGUGACCGAUUUGAGCACCGGUUCGGUUGUGUUCGGCUCCGGCGUGAAAGGCUCAGCGCUAGGUGCCAAUUUGGUCAAGUCUGUCGACGCUCAGCCGUAUAACAUAUCGGUGUUGCAAAUUAGUACUGUGAUCAUUCCUCCGGGCAUCGAUGGAUCAACAGCGAAUUCCAGCACGAAUUCAACUGCUAAACCACCACAAGCUUCCCCCGGGCCUGGACCAGCCUCGGUACCACCAACCAAGAGCCCGAAAAAAUCUCCCCCCACCGCGGCUCCUCAGCCUAGCGAGGCGGCUCCACCACCCGAUGCCACCGCGGAUUCACCAGCAAAGGAUGAUGCUGAUGUACCAACCGCAGAUGCACCAGCAAAGGAUGAUAAAAAAAGUGCUGGUGUAUCCCUCAGGCUUGGUGUUUUUGUUGUUUUAGUGAUUGCGGUAUCGACUUCUUUCAUUGGUUUGGUGUUCUGAAACCACUUUUGAACUUUUUAAACCCAUUGUAAGGCCUCGGCCAUCUAUGUAAAGUAUUUCAUGUAACGGGUAUAUAUUCUUUGCUCUCAUAAUGCAUUCGUAUA